AUGUCAAAGGAAGAUAGCCUCGCCAAGGAUGGCUUCAAUGCCAGCUCUGCGGAGCAUGAGGAAGGCAACUUCACCUUGAAUUUGGACGAGUUGUCCUAUGGUCCACCCGGUAUUCGUGGCGUCUUUGCAUCUUCCUAUGUUGCCAUGUGCGCAGCCUUUGCUACCAUUGGAGGUCUUUUGUUUGGAUAUGAUCAGGGUGUGAUAUCAGUCACCUUGGUCAUGGACCACUUCCUCGAGCGAUUCCCCGAAGUUAGCGACACGGCUCCAGGCUCUGGAUUCUACAAGGGCCUCAUGACCGCCAUGAUUACACUAGGUGCUUUCUUGGGUGCCAUUAACCAGUGCUGGGCUGCCGAUGCCUUUUCCCGAAAGUACUGCAUCAUGAUUGCCGUGGCCAUCUUCAUUGUCGGCUCGGCUUUGCAAGUGGGCGCUGUAUCCUACGCCAUGCUUGUCGUUGCGCGUCUUAUUGGUGGUAUUGGAAUCGGAAUGUUGAGUGGUGUCGUCCCCUUGUACAUUGGCGAGAUUGCCGCGCCACAAAUUCGUGGUACUCUUCUGGUUUUCGAGCAAAUCUCCAUCGUGACGGGUGUAGUUGUCGCCUUCUGGAUCACCUACGGCACCAAGGAGAUCAGUGGUAACUGGUCCUGGCAACUGCCUUUUCUCCUCCAGAUCGUGCCCGCCCUCUUCCUUGGCAUUGGUGCCACCCUGCUGCCCUUCUCGCCGCGUUGGCUGGCAACCAAAGGCCGCGAAGAGGAGGCACUCGUCAACCUCGCCAAGCUUCGACAGUUGCCCACGACCGACAACCGCGUGCGACAGGAGUGGAUGGAGGUUAUCGCCGAAUCCAAGUUCCAGCAGAAGGUGCUCGAAGAGAGACACCCCCAGCUUGUGAGCAGCACCUCAUUUGGCGACAAGAUGAAGCUCGAAAUGGUUACCUGGACGGACUGCUUCAAGUCUGGUUGCUGGAAGCGAACUCAAGUCGGAGCCGGAUUGAUGUUCUUCCAGCAGUUUGUCGGUAUCAAUGCCUUGAUUUACUACUCGCCAACGCUUUUUGCCACAAUGGGUCUCGACUACGAUAUGCAGCUCAUCAUGUCGGGAGUCUUGAACAUGGUCCAGCUUGUUGGUUGCAUCAGCAGUUUGUGGACGCUCGAUACCUACGGUCGCCGAAGGCUCCUGUUCGUCGGCAGCAUCGUCAUGACGCUUUCUCACGCCAUCAUUGCCAUCCUGGUCGGCAAGUUCUCCUACGACUGGCCCGGCCAUUCUGCCGAAGGCUGGACCAGUGUGGCCUUCCUCAUGGUCUUCAUGCUAGGAUACGGUUGUACCUGGGGUCCGGUACCCUGGGCUAUGCCUGCCGAGAUCUUCCCAUCGUCGCUUCGUGCCAAGGGAGUCUCCAUCAGCAGUGGCUCCAACUGGCUGAACAACUUCAUCAUUGGUCUCAUCACGCCUCCUCUGGUCCAAAACACUGGCUUCGGCGCUUAUGUAUUCUUUGCUGUUUUUAGCCUGUUGUCACUCGUGUGGGCAUACUUCUGUGUUCCGGAAACGGCACACAAGAAGUUGGAGCAGAUGGACGAAGUCUUCAACGACCGAGGUGGUGCUGCUGAUGUUGAGAAGAAGAACCAGAUUCUUUCCGAUGUUAUUCGGGAAAAGUCCAGCGGCAUCCAGGUGGACGCUUGA